AGUUUCCCAGCUCUCUGUGGCCGGCUUGUCCGGAGCAACUUGGCCGGUGCCCCACGGAGACAGCGCCUCUCUGUUGCGAGCCAGCGGAGCCUGGGGUGAGGCGCCUGUACCGAGAGACCAGCCUUUCCCAGAAACAAAGGAGUGUCGAAAAUGUUAAAGGCGGUGCUGAAGAAGAGCCGAGAGGGAGGAAAGGGAAGCAAGAAGGAACCAGGAGGUGACUUUGGUCCAGAGACCUCCCCUCCAGGCCUGCCCUCUGGCGUUGGUGGCGACUUUUCUGUGAGCAGCCUUCCUAUGGCUGAGGACACCUAUAGGGUGAGCUUGGCCAAGGGUGUCUCCAUGUCACUGCCUUCAUCACCUCUGCUGCCACGACAGUCUCACUCAGUGCAAUCAAGAUCAAACAAAAAAUCCCCAGGUCCCGUCAGGAAGCCCAAGUAUGUGGAAAGCCCCAGAGUGCCUGGAGAUGCAGUUAUAAUCCCGUUCAGAGACGUGUCCCAGCCAACAGAGCCUAAUGAGAAUGAAGCAAAGGCCGAUAAUGAACCGAGCUGUUCGCCGGCAGCUCAAGAACUGUUGACAAGGCUGGGAUUUUUACUGGGAGAAGGGAUCCCAAGUGCCACACACAUAACCAUUGAAGAAAAAAAUGAAACCAUGUGCACAGCUCUGAGCCAAGGCAUCAGUCCUUGCUCCACACUAACAAGCAGCACCGCAUCUCCUAGCACCGAUAGCCCCUGCUCAACCUUGAAUAGCUGUGUCAGCAAGACGGCAGCCAACAAAAGUCCCUGUGAGACCAUUAGCAGCCCUAGUUCCACCCUGGAGAGCAAGGACAGUGGAAUUAUAGCCACAAUUACAAGUUCAUCCGAAAAUGAUGACCGGAGUGGCUCCAGUUUGGAAUGGAAUAAGGACGGAAGCCUAAGGUUAGGGGUGCAGAAGGGCGUGCUUCAUGAUCGGAGGGCAGAUAAUUGUUCCCCAGUGGCGGAAGAGGAGCCCGCUGGGUCCGCGGAGAGCGUGCUGCCCACAGCCGAAGCCCCCGGUGGAGAUGGUCCAGUCCCUUACUCUCAGAGCUCCAGCUCGCUAAUAAUGCCACGGCCCAACUCAGUUGCAGCGACGAGCUCAACCAAAUUGGAAGAUCUGAGCUAUUUAGACGGGCAGAGAAAUGCUCCUCUUCGGACGUCCAUUAGAUUACCGUGGCACAGCACGGCCGGAGCACGAUUUGCUCCCUACAAGCCACAAGACAUUUUGCUGAAGCCCCUGCUGUUUGAAGUACCGAGCAUAACAACGGACUCUGUGUUUGUGGGAAGGGAGUGGCUCUUCCAGCAGAUAGAGCAGAACCUGCGGGACACGGAGCUGCCCGAGAACAGAGGGGCGGUGGUGGUGGGAAACGUGGGCUUUGGGAAGACGGCCAUCAUUUCUAAGUUGGUGGCACUGAGCUGCCACGGAAGCCGCAUGAGGCAGAUUGCUUCCAACAGCCCCGGCUCGUCACCUAAAACUUCAGAUUCCUCCCCGGAUCUUCCAUUCACUCCAUUGCUUUCACCGAGUACUUCUCCUGGUGGUACCACCACGGCCAAAACGCCUGCUGGGUUGGGCUCUGACACUCCUGAAAACCAGAGACCGAGAGAGGAUGCAGCAAAAUAUCUCGCAUCCAAGGUGGUGGCCUACCACUACUGCCAGGCGGACAACACGUACACGUGCCUGGUACCCGAGUUCGUGCACAGCAUCGCGGCUCUGCUCUGCCGGUCCCAUCAGCUGGCCGCCUACAGAGACCUGCUGAUCAGGGAGCCCCAGCUGCAGAGCAUGCUGAGCCUCCGGUCCUGUGUGCAGGACCCCGUGGCUGCCUUCAGGAGGGGAGUGCUGGAGCCACUCACAAGCCUGAGAAACGAGCAGAAAAUUCCUGAAGAAGAAUACAUUAUUUUGAUCGAUGGCUUAAAUGAAGCUGAGUUUCAUAAACCUGAUUAUGGAGACACGCUUUCUUCAUUUAUUGCCAAAAUUAUCUCUAAAUUUCCUGCCUGGUUGAAGUUGAUUGUGACUGUAAGAGCAAAUUUUCAGGAAAUUGUCAAUGGGCUGCCAUUCGUCAAGCUCUCCCUGGAUGACUUCCCCGACAACAAGGACAUUCACAGCGACCUGCACGCCUACGUCCAGCACAGGGUCCACAGCAGCCAGGACAUCCUCAGCAACAUCUCGCUGAAUGGCAAGGCCGACGCCGCCCUCAUCGGGAAAGUGAGCAGCCACCUGGUGCUGCGGAGCCUCGGCUCCUACCUGUACCUCAAGCUCACCUUGGACCUCUUCCAGAGGGGACACCUGGUCAUCAAAAGUGCCAGCUACAAGGUGGUGCCCGUGUCCCUGUCCGAGCUCUACUUGCUGCAGUGCAACAUGAAGUUCAUGACCCAGUCCGCCUUCGAGAGGGCGCUCCCCAUUCUGAACGUAGCCCUCGCGUCCCUCCACCCCAUGACGGACGAGCAGAUCUUCCAGGCCAUCAACGCUGGCCACAUCCAGGGGGAGCAGGGCCGGGAGGACUUCCAGCAGAGGAUGGAGGCCCUCUCCUGCUUCCUCAUCAAGAGGCGAGACAAGACCCGCAUGUUCUGCCACCCGUCCUUCAGGGAGUGGCUUGUCUGGAGAGCAGAUGGUGAGAACACGGCCUUCCUGUGUGAGCCCAGGAACGGGCAUGCUCUCCUGGCGUUCAUGUUCUCGCGACAAGAGGGCAAGCUGAACCGGCAGCAGACCAUGGAGCUCGGCCACCACAUCCUGAAGGCACACAUUUUCAAGGGCCUGAGUAAGAAGACGGGGAUCUCCUCGAGCCAUCUCCAAGCCCUGUGGAUCGGCUACAGCACGGAGGGGCUGUCUGCUGCCCUCGCCUCGCUCAGGAACCUCUACACGCCCAAUGUGAAGGUGAGCCGGCUCCUGAUUCUGGGAGGGGCCAACGUGAACUACAGGACCGAAGUGCUGAAUAACGCCCCGAUCCUGUGUGUCCAGUCUCACCUUGGCCAUGAGGAGGUGGUCACUCUGCUCCUGGAGUUUGGUGCCUGCCUGGACGGCAUGUCUGAGAACGGCAUGACUGCCCUCUGCUACGCGGCCGCUGCUGGCCACAUGAAGCUGGUGUGCCUGCUGGUCAAGAAGGGGGCGAGGUUGGACCAUUUGGAUAAGAAAGGCCAGUGUGCGCUGGUCCACAGCGCACUGAGGGGCCACAGCGACGUUCUCCAGUACCUGCUGGCCUGUGAGUGGUCGGCAGGUGCACCCCAGCCAGGUGCACUGAGGAAGAGCCACGCCCUGCAGCAGGCAUUGACGGCGGCCGCCAGCAUGGGCCACGGCUCGGUGGUCGAGUGCUUGCUGGGACUGGAAAAGGAACAUGAAAUAGACGUCAAUGGCACCGACACGUUGUGGGGAGAAACAGCCCUGACGGCCGCUGCAGGACGCGGGAAGCUGGAGGUCUGCGAGCUGCUGCUGGAGCACGGAGCGGCCGUGUCCCAGAGCAACAGGAGAGGCAUCCCGCCGCUGUUCUGUGCAGCACGCCAAGGGCACUGGCAGAUCGUGAGAUUGCUGUUGGAACGCGGCUGCGACGUGAACCUAAGCGACAAGCAGGGCCGGACACCCCUCAUGGUGGCCGCUUGCGAAGGGCACUUGAGCACCGUGGAAUUUCUCCUUUCAAAAGGUGCCGCCCUUUCUUCUCUGGACAAAGAGGGUUUGUCAGCAUUAAGCUGGGCUUGUCUGAAAGGUCACAGGGCCGUGGUCCAGUUUCUGGUUGAGGACGGAGCCGAGAUAGACCAGAUGGACAAGAAUGGCCGCACCCCCCUGGACCUGGCAGCCUUCUACGGCGACGCAGAGACCGUGCUGUACCUGGUGGACAAGGGCGCUGUGAUCGAGCACGUGGACCACAGCGGGAUGCGUCCCUUGGACAGAGCCAUUGGUUGUCGAAACACAUCGGUAGUGGUCACGCUGCUGAGAAAAGGAGCCAAAUUAGGAAAUGCUGCGUGGGCGAUGGCUACCUCCAAACCUGAUAUUUUGAUUAUACUUUUACAGAAAUUGAUGGAGGAAGGAAACGUGUUGUACAAAAAAGGGAAGAUGAAGGAGGCAGCCCAGCGGUACCAGUACGCCUUACGGAAGUUCCCCCGAGAAGGAUUCGGAGAGGACAUGAGGCCAUUCAAUGAACUAAGAGUCUCUCUCUAUCUCAAUUUGUCCCGCUGCCGAAGAAAAACAAAUGACUUCGGCAUGGCAGAAGAAUUUGCUUCCAAGGCGCUCGAACUGAAACCCAAGUCCUAUGAAGCCUUUUAUGCCAGGGCGAGAGCAAAGAGAAACAGCAGGCAGUUCACGGCCGCUCUGGCAGACCUGCGGGAGGCUGUGAAGCUCUGCCCCACCAACCAGGAGAUCAGGAGGCUCCUGGCCCGCGUGGAGGAGGAGUGCAAGCAGCUCCAGAGGAGCCAGCAGCAAAAGCAGCAGUGCCCACCGCCCGCCCCUCCCACGGACUCGGAUAACGAAGAGGAGACCCCAGCCCCGGCGCCCGGCGACCACCUUCACCUUGAGGAGGCUGCAGAGGACACUUCUCCUCAGGAAGGCUCCGUUUCCCUGACUCCCCGGCCCCACCCCUCUGCCCCGUCCCCCUCCAUCUGGGUGGCCGUGGACGUGGCCCCGCUGAGCCAGGGCGGGCCAGUGGGCGGCAGCGACGUGCGGCACCCCGCUUCCCUCGCCAGCUCGGGCUCCUCCGGGUCUCCCUCCAGCAGCAUCAAGAUGUCCAGUUCUACCAGCAGCUUGACGUCCAGCAGCAGUUUUUCCGACGGCUUCAAGGGCCCGGGGUCAGAGGCUCGGGUCAAAGACAAGGCCGCUCACCAGGUCCCGAGCGGCACCGCCGAGCACAGACCGCGCAACACUCCGUUCAUGGGCAUCAUGGAUAAGACGGCCCGGUUCCAGCAGCAGAGCAACCCUCCGGGCCGCACCUGGCACACGGCCGUGUCCGAGGCGCUGCUGCCGCACACGCCUGCAGCCGGCCCGCAGGCCUCGAACCCGGAGAAGCCGUCCCUCAAGCAGGCAGCGGGGUAUCACAGCCAAGCCAAAGCCUGUGCCGUGGCCACCCUGGGGGGCAGCAUCCACAACGGGGCCCCCGUGAAGGAGCUGGAAGAAAGGAAGUGCCCGGUGCCAGCCCACUGUCAAGAUACCAGGGUCAGCAAGACUGUUGCUCAUCUGUACCAGGAAAGCAUCGCCAAACAGCAGCCUCACCUCGGCAACGAAGCCCACAGGAGUCACCUUCCCGCGGCCAAGCCAAAGCGCUCAUUCAUAGAGUCCAAUGUGUGAGCUGGAAGAGAGACCUGCUGGGAAUUGGGAAAACUGUGUGUUGGCUCUUGGUGGUCAUUAAAGUGGUUUUUUGUGUGUGUGGUUUUUUUUUGAGAAAAAUUAUUUUUCAGCCAUAUUUUUUUUUCUUUUUUUCCCUUGGGGGUGGAUCAGAUUUAUUUAAAAUGUGGGAUGAAAUUUCUUUGAUAAAUACCAGAAGUCACCUUCAAUAAGAAUGCUAACCAGAAUUGAAAACUGCAAUUAGUUAUGCCUAUUAAAAUUAAACACUUAAGGCAGCCAAAUAACUAGUGCUUUUCUCUUAAGAAAUUGUUUGGUUUUUAUCACUUUUCUCCUAGCCUUCGCUGUGUGAUAAGAUCAUAAUAUUUCUUAGAGAAUAUAAAUGUCUAGUCCUCUGCUCUAUGGGAAAAAUCAUACCGUUUCUUCGAGAAUAUAAAUGUCUAGUGAUAGUUUUAACUCAUGACUAAAUUGCCAGAUAAUGUAUUCUGGAAAAGAUGGAAUUUUCUAGUUACAGUUCCAUUGAGUCAAAUCCCAGUUUAUAUAUCUAUAUAUAAAAUUAAGACCCCAGUGAUUUCUAGCUGAAUGUGUGUGACUAUAAAUGUUAUAUACCUGAUUUUCUUAAGCAAAAUACAGGAACAGCCAAGUAUUGUUCCCUUCGUAGCUGUUCCCUGAAGAGGAUUAAGCACUUAUUUCUGUUAUGGUCUUCAUUAAACAUAUUUUUAUAGCACCUUUUUUGAGCUAUCUUCCCAUUUCAAGGUGUUUUAAUAUUUGGAAACAGUGUAAGCUAUCUGGAAUCCUGAUUGGUGGUCAAGUUGGAUUGGGGCUAGAAUACUAAGAAUAUAGCAUUCUCGGUGACAUAAAUUAGCCUUCAACAGGGAUAGCACUCCUGCAACAAGCCUUCCGAGGUCCUUUAAGGACAAUAUUUAAUUUGGAUCCUUAAAGUCUGGUUCAUUGGUUGCUUUUGUUUUAUUAUACAAUCAUUAUUUUAUAGUCACACGUUGCAUAAAUAGCCAAGUGUAUCCAGACAUGUAUAUACUAUUUCAAGUAGCUAAUCUUUUAAAAAAAAUGUCAUAUAUUUGCAUGUUCUUUGUAAACAUCAUCCAUGCUGGUUAUUGCACUGAACACUAUAUUAUUAUGGCAUGUUAACAGUGUACCAGUAACGGCACUUUAUUUCAUUUAUAUGAACACCUUUGAGGUGCUACUUAAGUUCAAACUGAUGUAUUAUUCGUUUGUAAAGAUAAGGUACAGGAAUGAACCUUGGAUUAAAGGUAUUUUUAUAUGAAAAUGGUGUGCUAUUGAAGGAUGUUAAAAUGCUAGUUUGAGAGAGGCGGGAGUGUGUUUGUUUUAUACAUUGGGAUGUGAAAUUUAUUUUCUAGCAUUGGGGAGAAGGAAGUUCUAUAUUUACAGAAUGUUUUAAAAAUGAAUCGUCGUAAUGAAGUUCCUGUGAGCAUCCUUAUGGUUUUGUACGAAUAGGAAUCUUCUGGUGUUAUUCUGCAACAUUUGUUCCUGUUGUAUUUUGUACAGCUUUGUUGUUGUUUUAUAGGCUUUUCAUGAGUUCUGCUAUAACUUCUAUGGCUUAUUUAUUGUUUUCUUUAAUAUUUGUGCGUCUUACUCUUUUGUUAUGUAGUUUUGUUUCUGCACAACUACUGUACUUUUCCACAUGGAAUAAAGACUAUUAAUAGAA